CUUCCCAGCUAUCCAACUGUUUCUUCCACCCGCCAGCCCUAUAUCUUGCCUAUCCGCCCAUCUGUCCCCUCUGCUCUUCGGAAGACCUUUUUACCAGCCCCAUUGUUGUCCAACCCAAUUAAAUAUCUUCCUCGCCCUCCAGCCCCAGUUACUCCCAGCUUUUCUAGCAGUUUCCCUUUUCUACCAGCCCCAAUUCCUUCUGGCCCACCUGACCAUUUACCACAGCCACCCCGAAAUUCCCCAACCAUUCCCAAUUCUGCCUCCCAGAGCAAAUUAUUUCACAAAACUUUCAGGCACAGACAUUUUCUUCCAGCACAACAUUGUACACCAGCCACUCUAAUGCCUGCCCUUGUUCGCCGUUCCCUUCCAGCUCACCUGGUUGUUUCCCCAACCCCUUUGGAAGCUCCCCCAGUUUUGAAGCCUUCUGGUUUAUUCAGUCAUCCCUCUCAUCAAAUGGUCCCCACUCGUUCUUAUAGUACUUCAUUGUCUGAACAUCCUGCUAGCUUAGAACCCUUUCAGUCAGUCCAGCAAUCUCUUCCAGAGACCACAUUAUCAGAUCUUCCCCAGGCAUUUGCAGACCACCCACCUGCCUCGAUUCCCUCUCUUCCACCUCCUUGUCAUUCUCCAUCCUCUUCUUUGUCUUCACCUUCUUCUACAUCCUCUUCUUCACCCUCUGUACAGCGUUCUUCUUCAUCCAUUCUUGCUUCUCCUUCACCUUCUUCCUCCUCCUGUCCAUCCUUACCUCCCUCAUCUAACCCUCCUUUUUCCUCACCUUUGCAUUCAACUCCCUCUCCAUGUUUACUUCCCACUUAUUUAGAUUUUCCGUCUCCAAUUUCUCCUGUAUCUUCUUCCUUUAUUAUUUCUUCUUCCUUUCCCCCUAUGCUUCACUCUCCCUCUCUUUCUACCUCCCCAUCUCCUUUUAUUCCCAUCCAUUCCUUUAAUCCUCCUCCCUGGGGGAAGAAAGUAGAGAAGAGAAGAGAAGCAAGUGGAGUAGCGAAGAAAGAAAUAGAGAAGAAAAAGUUGAGAGACGACAACUGUAAAGAGCUAUAGAUAAUACUUUACCUUCAUCACUAUCAAAAAAUGAUCAGAAGCAUCAGAAACAUCUCUUAUCCAAAACCAAUUGUGAUAAAGAAAUGAACGAAAACAGCAGGACAGAUUUGGCUGCUAACAAAGAUGCAUUCCAGCUUAAACUAGUGGAAACUCAGAAACUCCUAGAAGAUCAGCAUCUAAGCAGUUUGCAAAAAUUUCGUGAUGAAGUUUAUCAGAUAACAAAUUCUGAAAUCCUUUCAAGUGUAGACAGUCUUGAGGCUGGAGAACAUGAAGAAAUCUAUUUAACACUUAUUAAUAAGGAGCCUUCCACAUCAAUCCAGCAGAGUUCUGUUUUCCUCAAAUCAGCAAAUCUACAAUCAACUAAUCUAAGCUGCUUUGAUGAAGAUAAACUGUCAUUCUCUAAAACUCAACAUAUAAAUAAUUGGCUAAUAAAUUUAGAUGAUCCAAAUACUCAAAAUGCCAAAUCUUUCUCAGAUAUUUUAAGUAAAACUAAUGUUCUGCCUUCACGUGAAUGUUUUUAUAGUAAAGAACAAAAUCCAUCUGCUGUAUGUAGAACUGCGGAAAGAGCUACAAAUACUGCCAAUAAUCUAGUAGGCUUUGUAUGUAGUCCACCCAUAUUUAUACCCGAUAAAAAAAGCAAAAAGACCUCUGAAAAUAGCACUGUGAGGACAACUGACUCCUGUUCUGGGGCAUCCAAAAGGGAGAGCCCUUUUGGUUCUGAAAGACCAACAUUUAAAUUCAACAAAUCCUGGAACACUCCAGAUUCUCUCACUCAAGAGAUGGCUACAAUUUCAGACAACAAGAAAUAUUCAAAAUUAACUCAAGAAAAUAGAACUACUUCAACUCCUAUUUCAUUUGUACCUGUGGCAACACCUUUAUUUUUGUCACCUAAUACACAAUCAGCUAAACCUUUACCAAAGAAUAGUAUGCACAUAAAAGAAAUCAACCCAGUGCAGUGUUCUGAUAAAUUAGGAGAAUUGAAAGAUGUUAAAAAUGAAAAGAUAAAAUAUUUUAAUUGUAGUACAGAAGAAUUGCCUUUAUUUUCAGACAAUUUUCCAGCUGCCCAUAUACCUCACAACUCUGAUUCAAAAAAUAAAAAACAGAAAAUAACUAAAACAUCUGCAUCAUUGUCUAACAUAAUUUCUAAUUAUGACUUAGUUGGUCAGCACAAAAAAAUGAGACACAAUAUUCAUGAGAGAAGCAGUGUAAGGUUUCUUAAAAGUAUUUUAAAAAAAGAAUCUAAGUAUGAACAUGAUUAUUUCGAGGCACUAGUUAUAAAUCAAAGCUUUAAGUUAGGAAAUGAAAAAGCAGAAGCUAUCAGAGAUAGUAUUGAAUUAACAAAAGAAAAAGGAAAAAGUGCAGAAGUUCCAAAGACUAUUAAAAAACUGAGGUGGUUUGAUGAAGCUGGAGAUACAGGAAAAAAUGCUAAAGAUAAUCAUUUACUGAAAAAUAAAGUAGAAAUAUCUCAACAGUGGUCUCAACCACUCCACAUUCAAACUGAUCAGGGUACUGCCAGCAAUAUACUUAGUGUUCCUUCUUGCACUGUAAAUUCUGCUGAUACAAAAAAGCCCAUGGAUGAUUCUGUCUCUGAAAACGUUGCUGUUUUGGGAGGAUCUGGAACUAGCCAUGCUUCUUGGAACUGUUAUGUAUCUUCAGAUUUUAACAUUGCUAAACAAGCCUGGUCAGCCUCAGAAAAAGAAGAAAGUAAAUCUCCUACUAUACGUAGCAGUAAUUCUAAAACUCAGAAAGCUAAUCUACAAAGAGAGAAAGCAAAGGUAAUUAGAACAAAAUCUGCUAAAGUUCAGUCGGGGUUUGUAUAUCCAAACAGAAAAGGCACAGUUAUUCGAACACAGUCCGCAAGCAAAGCCAACACAUUUUUACAAGCUCAGGGUAAAUUAAUUGCACCUCAUCCUCCUAAAUCUCCAUCAAAUAUUAGGAGUGAUAAAAAUAUACAAGUAUCUCAGUGUCAUUCAGAAAUGCCUGAAAAUUCUCAAAAUGUUAUUACAAAUAGCUAUUUUAAUUCAAAACAUAUGCUUCCAACAGAAUACAAGUUGAAUCAGUGGAAUAAAGAAAGCAGUCUUCCACUCUCACAUGUUUAUUCUGACUCAGUCACUGUGGUGCCAUCUCUACCAUAUUGUUCUUCUGAGUGCCACACUGUAGCAAAAAUAAAUGAUUCAAAUAGCACCGAAAUUUUUGCCCACCAAGAUGGAACAUUAUAUUGCACCCAAAGGUGUCCUGUUUAUGAAGAAAGUCAUCACUCUGUGGCUUUUGGACCUAUUAAAGAAGAAUCUCUUCCCUCAUGGAAAAGACAGCAUAAUAUUCUGAGUCAAAAUGAAAAGCCUGCUGAUUCUGCUGUUACGAGAAGAAAACGAGUUGUUGGAAAUAAAAAGAGAACUCUUAGAGCAGAAAAACAAAACCCUGGAUCUGUAGGACAGAAGUGCAGUGAGCAAAUGAAUAAUUUUGGACCAAGUGUCCAGCUAAGUUCAAGUCAGCCAAAGCAAACUACAAGGGGUACUUCCAAUAUUGAAGAAGUUUCAGACAGUACUUCUGAGUUUUUGAUGGCUGAAAACCUAGUGAACUCUUCAGUGCCUGAGGAUGAAAUUCUAAGUGUCAUGAGUAGCAAGCAGCUGCAGAAACCAGAUCUGGCUUUAAAUAAGACCCAGCAGUUCAACAUUUGUGCACUAUCAGCCGAAGAACAAAAGAUCCUACAGUCCCUUGAUCGUCUUAAUGAAAGGUUAUACUAUGUACAAGAAACCAUUUGCAAAAAUCCAUCCAUCAAAAAUACCUUACAAAUAAUACCAUUUCUGAACAUCCAGCCAAGGACCAGUCAAGCUCCCCAUGUUGGAUCUAGAUCACAGAGAAAAUACUGAUGACAGACUGUAACAAUAACUAUUAAAUGGAAUCAUUAUUUUUUAGAAUCUCCUGUAAAUAUGUCAUAUAUUUUUGCAAUUUGUUAAUUAUUCAAACACU